AUGUCCUCGGACAUCUCGCUGUCCCAGGGUGCUUUAGAGAGGCACCACCAGACCCUUAAGACCAUAUUACGUGCCUUCUGCCUAGAACACGAGCGAGACUGGAAUAAAGCUGUCCCCUAUGUGAUGUUUGCUGUAAGGGAGGCUCCCACAGAGUCGUUGGGCUUCUCCCCUAAUCAGUUAGUGUUUGGGCACCAUGUCCGUGGGCCCCUUGAUGUAGUGCGAAAGGCAUGGUGCUAUCCUCCCAUUAGUGACUCUACUGUGCUCCUAGAUUAUGUGCUUGUGGCCCGCAAGAGAUUGAGGAAGGCACAUGACAUCGCACGAGCACACUUGGGUGCGGCUCAGAAAGGAAUGAAGUGGUACUACGACCGCCGCACGAAGUAUCACAGCUUCCAGGAGGGAGAUGAAGUGCUGGUGCUGCUCCCGCUCCAGGGCCAGCCUCUUGCUGCCCGUUAUUGUGGUCCCUACACCAUCCAAGAGCGGGUGGGGGACCUCGACUAUCUAGUGGCGACUCCUGACCGGCGCAAACCAGUGCAGUUGUGCCAUGUUAAUAUGCUCAAGCCAUAUUACCGUUUUUCUAGCCAGGAGGGCUCUUUUAGUUUUGUCAAGGUUGAGGCGGUAAGUCGGUUCCCCGCCCCGACUUGCCGUCGAGGCCUACACAAGUUCCUCGGUGUAGUAGGCUACUACAGGAGGUUUGUGCCUGGUCACUCCACCCUCCUGGCACCUCUCACCGAUCUCCUGCAGAAGGGGCGGAAGUGGACGUGGUCUCCAGACUGUGCAGCCGCGUUUUCACGCGUAAAACAGCUACUCUGUGAGCUGCCAGUCCUCAGGGCUCCCGACUUUAAGAAGCUGUCUAUUACGCUGAGCGAUAUAAUUUCUUUUAUUUUGUUUAGUUAG